CCGAUGGAUGUCGUUGUUUGAUAGAUAUCGACACACUGCAUUUGGAAAUGCUGAAGACGAUGAAUCUGCUGUUUGUCCUGACAGUCUUAUGGCGCGAGGCGCUCUGCGGUUCUCCCAGCGUUCAGAUAGGGGGCUUGUUUCCUCGCGGAGCGGACCAGGAGUACAGUGCGUUCCGGAUCGGGAUGGUCCAGUUCGGGACCGCAGAGUUCCGCCUCACGCCUCACAUUGACAACCUGGAGGUGGCCAACAGCUUCGCUGUGACCAACUGCUUCUGCUCCCAAUUCUCCAGAGGAGUGUACGCCAUCUUUGGUUUCUACGAUAAGAAGUCGGUGAACACCAUCACAUCCUUCUGUGAGACACUGCAUGUGUCCUUCAUCACUCCAUCUUUCCCUGCCGAUGGCCUCAACCAGUUCGUUCUGCAGAUGAGGCCGGACAUCAAAGGGCCUCUAAUCAGCCUGGUGGAGUACUACAAGUGGGAGAGGUUCGCCUACCUCUACGACAGCGACAGAGGUCUGUCCACCCUGCAGGUGAUCCUGGACACAGCAGCGGAGAGGAAGUGGGUGGUGACCGCCAUCAAUGUGGGGAACCUGAAGGACGAGAGGAAGGAUGAAGCGUACCGCUCGCUGUUCCAGGAUCUGGAGAUACGCAAGGAGAGACGCAUCAUCCUGGACUGUGAGCAGGACAAAGUCAGGGACAUCAUGGAGCAGGUCAUCACGAUUGGUCGGCAUGUAAAAGGGUAUCACUACAUCAUUGCUAACCUGGGUUUUGUGGAUGGAGACCUGUCCAAGAUCCAGUAUGGGGGUGCCAACGUGUCAGGCUUCCAGAUUGUGGACUUUGAUGAUCCACUGGUGUCCAAGUUUGACCAGAGAUGGGAGGCUCUGGAGGAGAAGGAGUACCCUGGAGCAGACAACCGGAUCAGGUACACGUCGGCCCUGACCUAUGACGCGGUGCAGGUGAUGACAGAAGCAUUCCGUUUCCUCAACAAACAGCGAAUUGAUUUCAGUAGGCGGGGCAAUAACGGAGACUGUCUGGCCAAUCCUGCGGUGCCCUGGGCGCAGGGGGUGGAGAUAGAACGUGCGCUCAAACAGGUUCGGGUGGACGGGCUAACAGGGAACAUCCAGUUUGACCAGUACGGGAAGAGAGUUAACUACUCAGUCAACGUCAUGGAGCUCAAGACCAGUGGACCAGUCAAGAUUGGGUACUGGAAUGAGGUGGACAAGAUGGUGGUGACCAAAUCCGAUAUUUUCCCCAAUGAGUCCAUGGGCAUGGAGAACAAGACUGUCAUUGUCACAACCAUCCUAGAAGCCCCCUACGUGAUGAUGAAGAAGAACUCUGAGUUGUUACUCGACAACGACCGCUAUGAAGGCUACUGUGUGGACCUGGCCGCCGAGAUUGCUAAACACUGUGGGAUACGUUACCAGCUGAGGAUUGUGGGAGAUGGGAAGUACGGAGCCAGAGACGCAGAAACCAAGAUCUGGAACGGCAUGGUGGGAGAGCUGGUGUAUGGGAAAGCAGACAUAGCGGUGGCCCCCCUCACCAUCACGUUGGUCCGGGAGGAGGUGAUAGACUUCUCCAAACCCUUCAUGAGCCUGGGCAUCUCCAUCAUGAUCAAGAAGCCCCAGAAGUCCAAGCCCGGGGUCUUCUCUUUCCUGGACCCCCUGGCCUACGAGAUCUGGAUGUGCAUCGUGUUCGCCUACAUCGGCGUGAGCGUGGUGCUCUUCCUGGUCAGCCGCUUCAGCCCCUACGAGUGGCAGCUGGAGGAGUUUGAAGACGGCCAGCUGCCCACCACCGAGUCCACCAACGAGUUUGGGAUCUUUAAUAGUCUGUGGUUCUCUCUGGGUGCCUUUAUGCAGCAAGGGUGCGAUAUCUCGCCAAGGUCUCUGUCGGGGCGUAUCGUCGGGGGGGUGUGGUGGUUCUUCACCCUAAUCAUCAUCUCCUCCUACACGGCCAACCUGGCUGCCUUCCUGACGGUGGAGAGGAUGGUGUCCCCGAUCGAGGGAGCUGAGGACCUGGCCAAGCAGACCGAGAUCGCAUACGGGACCCUGGACUCAGGAUCCACCAAGGAGUUUUUCCGGAGGUCAAAGAUCGCGCUGUUUGACAAGAUGUGGCAAUACAUGAAGAGUGCGGAGCCGUCUCCGUUUGUGAAGAAGACGGCCGAAGGCGUUCUCAGAGUCAGGAAGUCCAAGGGGAAGUACGCUUACCUGCUGGAGUCCACCAUGAACGAGUACAUCGAGCAGAGGAAGCCCUGUGACACCAUGAAGGUGGGAGGGAACCUGGACUCCAAAGGCUACGGCAUCGCCACUCCCAAAGGAUCUCCAUUAAGAACGCCAGUAAACCUUGCGGUAUUGAAACUCAGUGAGCAAGGAGUCUUAGACAAGCUGAAAAACAAAUGGUGGUACGAUAAAGGUGAAUGUGGAUCCAAGGACUCUGGAAGUAAGGAGAAGACCAGUGCUCUGAGCCUGAGCAACGUGGCAGGAGUGUUCUACAUCCUGGUGGGGGGCCUGGGUCUGGCCAUGCUGGUGGCCCUGGUGGAGUUUUGCUACAAGAGCCGAGCCGAGGCCAAGCGCAUGAAGAUGACGUUUACUGAUGCCAUGCGGAGUAAGGCCAGGCUGUCCAUUACUGGUUCGUCGGGGGAGAAUGGGCGUGUCCUGACUCCGGACUUUCCCCGUGCUGUGCCCUACCUCCGCCCCGGAUUACCAAUGAGUCUCAGCAUGACUGACCUGUCCUGACCCCGCCCUCACAGUGCCUUAUGCCUGACAGCCAAUCAACAUGCUUCUGUCCUGCAGAGACCUCCCUCAAAACGUGCAUAAGCCAAUCAUGACCUUUAGCCAACCAAUCAUGUCCAGACAACUACACUCCCCGUGACAGACUGACAGGUCAUUUGUACAAUCCCAUAUCCAGGUUUAGUCAGAACACACCCCACUUUGGUCAAAUAAAACCAACUGUUGUUGCCAAGCAAUCUCCAUAGCAACUAGUCCAUGAUGAGAAUACCCAAUUCAAGCACACAAUACUUAAUAAUCUGCAGCAAAAUGGGAUUUUCUAAAUAACUGAUAAAAAAAAAUAUAUAAAAACAACUGGAUAAAAAAAAAACGUUUUUCACGGACUACUAAACUAACCUGCUUCCAUGAACUGUGUCAGUACCAGAGGGUCAGGGAGGAACAGGUGCCAACCUGGACUGGCUGGCGGAGGACUGGAGGCACUUGAACAUUACUCUCAAAAAUGUGUACAUAUGAGAAAGAAUAGGUAUACAAAUACUGAUAGUAAUAAUUAUUUUAAUGCUUGCUCUGAACCCCAACCAGUAGAGACUAGUAGAACCUGAGAGAUGCAUGGACCAGACAGCUACUGAUGCCAUAUGACCCACUGAUGCCAAGAGGGCUUUGCCAAAAGAGAACAGAAACAGAGAGAGUGCCAAAAGGCGUGUGAACAGAACAAGCACGAGCUCCUGAUGUUCAACCCUGCUGAAGCGGAGCCAAUAGGAACUGCUGAUGUUCAACUUUUGCUGAAGCGGAGCCAAUAGGAGCUGCUUAUGUUCAACCAUGCUGAAGCAGAGCCAAUAGGAGCUCCUGAUGUUCAAUCCUGCUGAAGUAGAGCCAAUAGGAGUGCCCACCAUUCUAAGACCCUCUAAUAAGUUAACUCUUUACUUUAACAGCAUAUAACGUUUUAUGACAGUAAUGAUGAUCAUCAUACGAGGAAGAAGAAGAUAUGUGUAAAGAUGAGGCUGAUGAUGAUGGUGGUGGUGAUGAGGAUGUUGGUAGUGAUAGUGGUGGUGAUGAUAUUGAUGACAAUGAUCAUGUUGAUGUCUGUCAGUAUAAUGCAUGCAUGUUUAUCUGCUUCAUUCACUUUGAUCAUACGUACUAUUGCCACCAAGAUGACGUCAUACAUUGUGUCCUCUUUUUACCCAUGUCUUAGUAUUUUAAGGUUUAUUUAAUAUAUGAUAAAUCAUCAGAUAAUUAAUACCAUGUAGGUAAUAUUGAUAAUAUGGUUAUAACAGAUAUGAUAGAUAUAUUCAUAAAUGUGCUAAACACUUUUCUAUUUGCCAAACUGUGGAACUCACUAGUGUUGGACACAUGACCACGGCACAGCUGUGAUCAUGUCCACAACCAGUGUGUGUGUGCAUGUAAAAAGUAUGUUUGUGUGUGUGCUUGCUACUUGUGUAUGUGUGUGUGUGUCUGUUUUGUGUGUGUGUGAGAGUGUGAGAGAGAUGAAGGUGACCUUGCACAGGAGACUCAGCACAAAGGAGCUCCACACAGAGUGUUUGAUGUAAUCUCUGUCUGAAACACCUGCUCACUCUGCUGUGAUCAGUCUUACUCUGUAUUUAUCACUACCAUUACUGUUCACAGUAAAAGUCAUUCUCAAAGGCGUUUUGUAACUGGAAUGUGUGCUAACUGGUUUAUUUUUCGGACUGUUUUUGAAAUAAAAAUUGUCAUAACCCUCA